UGAACAUCAAGGCUCCCGAUUGGUGGCUCGGUUCACGGUUCCGCCCCGGCCAAUGAGAGGGCAGCGUCGGCCCCGGACGCCAACAUGGCGGCGGCAGCAGCAGCAGCAGCGUUUAGAAAUUGUUUGAGAUUUUAACCUUUCCGACCGGGGCGCGCCCGUCCUUCUGCACGGUAUUUAUUUUUCCUUUUAAAAAAAAACACCCGAAAAUUCCGUCAGCGCUCCGGUACUGUCAGGGGAAGGAAAGGAAAGGAAGGGAAGGGGAGGUGAUGGCGAGCGACAGCAGGAGGCAGUUCUGGAAGCGGAACACCAAGGUUCCCGGAAGUAUACAACAAGUUUAUGGAGCUCAACAUCCCCCAUUUGAUCCCCGUCUACACAAAAAUUUACUUAAAGAAGGUUCCAAGAUGUACACACAGUCAAAAUCAAAAAGAGCUUCAAGUUUCCAUGAGUUUGCGAAAAGCACCAGUGAUGCUUGGGACAUUGGGGAUGAUGAAGAGGAAGAGUGCAUGUCUUUUGCUUCCCAAAGCCUUAAUUCAAAAGUUGCAAUGGCAACAGCUGCUCAGGUCAUUCAGAACCACAAUAAAUUGAAGGAACCUCCUGGAGAGAAAAUGCAGCAAUCUGAAUCGUUUGACGAGAUUAAAAGGAAUGGCAAGGUGGUCAAGUCGAACAGCGAAGUACAACUGUCAGUGUCUUCAGGUGGCUCUUUAGGCAGAGUAACACUCCAAAAACAACAGUCACUCCCUUCACGGCCUGUUAUUCCAUUAGUGGCACGAAUUUCAGAUCAGAAUGCAUCUGGGGUACCGCCAAUGACAAUAAGAGAAAAAUCACGUCAUGAAAAGUUCAAACAGCUUUUAAGCAGUGCAAAUACAGAUUUAGAAGAACUAAGAAAAUAUAGUUGGUCAGGUGUUCCAAGAGAAGUUCGUUCUGUCACGUGGCGACUGUUGUCGGGUUAUCUACCUGCAAAUAUGGAGAGAAGGGAAAUCACUUUACAGCGAAAACGGGAAGAGUAUUUUGGGUUCAUUGAACAAUAUUAUGAUUCCAGAAAUGAAGAACAUCACCAGGAUACAUAUCGACAAAUUCACAUUGACAUUCCCAGAACUAAUCCCUUGAUUCCCCUCUUUCAACAACCUUCUGUUCAAGAGAUCUUCGAGCGGAUUCUCUUCAUAUGGGCCAUUCGACAUCCGGCAAGUGGUUACGUUCAAGGAAUUAAUGAUCUGGUCACUCCUUUCUUUGUAGUGUUCCUUUCAGAGCAUGUGGAGGAAGAUGUGGAAAAUUUUGAUGUAACAAACCUGUCGGAGACAGUACAGCGGAAUAUAGAAGCUGAUAGUUUCUGGUGUAUGAGCAAACUAUUGGAUGGCAUACAGGAUAAUUACACUUUUGCACAACCAGGGAUUCAGAAGAAAGUCAAAGCACUUGAAGAACUCAUUAGCCGAAUUGAUGAGCAAGUGCAUAUUCAUUUUAGAAAAUACGAAGUAGAGUAUCUGCAAUUUGCAUUCCGGUGGAUGAAUAAUUUGUUGAUGAGGGAGCUGCCUCUCCGAUGCACCAUCCGACUCUGGGACACAUACCAGUCAGAGCCAGAGGGAUUUUCUCACUUUCACUUGUAUGUCUGUGCUGCUUUCCUCAUUAAAUGGAGAAAGGAAAUUUUGGAAGAAGAUGACUUUCAAGGUCUACUGAUGUUGUUGCAGAAUUUACCUACAAUCCACUGGGGUAAUGAAGAAGUUGGCCUUCUCCUUGCAGAAGCGUACAGGCUUAAGUACAUGUUUGCAGAUGCACCUAAUCACUACAGACGAUAAGUGGUUAGAAGUGUUGAGAGCUGAAUUUAAACUCUUUUCAGUCUUUCAAGUCAGGUGGCCAUCAGCUGUACUGACUGAGGCAGCAAAUGGUCCAACUACUUUGGAAGUAGUUUCUAAUUACUUGAAGCUUUUCUUAAGCUAUUAUUGUAAUAUACUAAAUUGAAAGUGGACUGAGAGCUCCCUCAGUUUGCUCUUCAUGGAGCCUUGCUAAAUCUUUGAUACUAGGUUAUAUAUAAUUCUUAGAAAAAAGAUUUAAAAGGAAUUAUAUUGUAUGUUUCUGUAUAAUAGUUAAAAUGUGUGUCCUUAAUUUGAACUACUGUGAGCUUAUACUUAGGAAGUUGCUUAAGUGUUUGGAUAUAGUGUGCAUAAGAGAGACUGGUUAAAUUUUCCUCAUUUUUCAACAUAACUGGCAUCCAAUUUCUUGUAGUAGAUGAUGCAUUCACAAUAUUUUUAAUUGUGCCUCUUUUUUAAAAAAAAAGUCCUCGAAUUUUAUUUUAGAGUUGCUGUGUAUUAUUUGAUGUAAACUUUGGCUGUUUUGGUGAGGUAUGUUCAUUUAAAAGUAUUUACAUUUUGGCAAAAUAUCUUUUUUUUAAUAAGCAAUAAAAUGAUUCAUUUUUUAAUGUAGAAUUUGAGAAAUUUGGAAAAAUCUAACUAUCUUUAUAACUUUUUUAAAAGAUUUGUGUUAUGAGCACUAAUGGUAUGUUUGAAAGGCCAAUUAUUAAUGCCAAUAAUAUAGAUUCCAAACUAAAGCCAUUCAAGAUUAAAAUAUGUUUCUCAGGUAUAGGUAUUUCCUUUUGGUUUGUGUGCCUUUUGACCAAUUCUUUACGUAAAGUUGAGAAACCAUUGUGAUACUUAAGUUUGAAAUUGUUUUAGCAAGAGUUGAUGGCAUUUCUUUUAGCUCUUAAGAUGUCUCUUUUGCUUGCUGAAAGAAACCUUGGUAUGAGUUCUAGUGAUUAAGAAAUUAUUCCUAUAAUUAAAAUAUAGAAAUGUAUAUAUUUUUAAAUAUAUAUGAGACCUGAGAAGCAGAUUUUUUCUAUUGAUGGCCAACAAUUAAAUGAAUAGGGUUAUAUCUCUGUUUCUUUCCUCCCUUAUUGGUUGAGAUCCAAAUAUUCCAAAAGUGGUGCAGAUAAUUUAACCUGGCUGGGAAAGCAGCUUGCCCUGCAUCCAGCAAUGACUGAUAUCAUUCCCAAAUUGCCUACCCUUUCCAAGCAUUCCCAUGUGAUGAGGAGAAGUUGUGAGAAAAGUAGAUCUGAGAUGUCAACCAAAUGCAAUCUAACAGAAUAACAGAAAAAUAGAGAGGGGCUGAACAGUAUAUUCUUAUUUCUAUAUGUUAGGGUAUCAAUGUAAAGAGAAAGCAGAAUAACGGAGUUGAGAUACGCACCAGCCAUGGCCUUACAGAUAUGGCCGAACAGACUUGAGAGGCUGAACAACCUGCUGUUUUUCCUUUGUUCAGAAACCAUGACUACUUACACUCCACUGAUGGGAGCUGUAUUGCUUGAAAGUUAUUCUCAGAGCCAGGCUGGUUACCGUCUACCAUGUGCCAUCUCUAACUCGUAAUGCACUCAAUAUCCUAAGUGCACAUUCUAAGGAAUCAUGCUUGGAACCUAAUCUAGUAAUUCUAAAAUUGAGAGUAUUUCUUCUGUUAAACUCCUAGUCAACUUUAUUGUAUUGAAUGUGUAAUCUUUUAUCAUUUUUGGUCAUGUCAGAAAAGAAAACGUAACUAUUGUUUACUUCUACACUGAACUUGCAGUAUCUUCUGUCAUUGAUUAGUGUGGUUCCUUAAAGGUUGUUAUGCAAAUAUGUUGUCAGAAAGAAAGCAAUUGCAAAGAAAAUGUAGAUGAAUGAUAUAGGGUUCAGCAAUCCACAAAUAGAUUUUACUAUAUGUUUAAAACUGUCAAUAAUUUCUUUUUAUUUCAUUUUUAACUUAUUUUCUGAAUUGUCAAAUUUGUUUUAAUUGUAUGUUCCUUUUUAUGUAAAGGGACAAUAAUUGGAAACUACUCUGCUGUGGUUUUUAUGUGUCUGUUUCACUUUGGAAAUGUUAAAGAAUGUGUAUAGUAGCUUUUACAUAGAAUUACAAUCAAGCCUCUGUAUUAACUUCCUGUGUUCCAAAAAGAAGAGUGAAUGUGUAAAUUACUUUCUGAACAGUUAGGCAGGCAAAUGCAUGGUUUAAUGGAUCAAUAUUCCUAACACUUGGUUCUGCUUCUGUUUAGAUAAUGUCUUGCAAAUGGUUGCAUCCUAAUCAAAGUCAAGCACAUGGGCAUCUAAGCACAAUUACUUUGUUUGAUUAAGUCUAAAAGAUAGCAAGUAUAUCUUCCCCUUUGUUAUAAUGUAGCUUUUCUUGCUAAUUCUAGUUGCUGUUGAUCUUGGAGUUGAUUUUCCACUAAAAGGAGGGCCAAAAUUGGAAGGGAUCAUGGAGUCAUACAGCAUGGGAAUAGACACUUUGGUACAGUGAGUCCACAUUCCUAAGCUAAACUGGUGCCGUUUGGCUCAUUUCCCUCCAAACCUUUCCCAUUCAUGUACUUAUCCAAAUGUCUUUUAGAUAUUGUAACUGUACCUGCAUCCACCACUUUUUCCACACAUGACCAACUCUCUGUGCUUAAAAAAAGUUACUGCUCAUGUCUUUUUUCAAAACUUCCUCCUCCUCACCUUAAAAAUGUGCCUCCUAGUUUUGAACUCCACCACCUUAGGGAAACAACCUUUACUAUUCACCUU